AUGAUGGAAGUCGCUAAGCAACUGAUCAACGAGAACCAAGCGGGCUUCGUACCAGGGAGGUUCAUUGCCCAAAACGCUCUGCGGUGUCAGAUCAUAAUGGAAGAUGCUGAACGAACCAUGAACUUAGCAAAGAAGAACAAUGUGACACACCAAAUGCCCAAAGCAAUUGGCCUUAGUCUUAUCUCGGGUUUCCUCUGCUGCAAUCGGUUCAACAACGUGAAUGUAAGAAAUCUCUCCGUCGUUGGCAAAGCUACAGUGCUCAACAGUUUGAUUUUGUCCAAAUGCUGGUAUGUACUACGAGUAACCCCGUUUGCUCAAAGUAAUGUCCAAGCUAUCCAGUCCAUUUGCACCAAGUUUCUACGAAACGGCAUCUUUCCUGUUAUCCCCUGGGCCACAUGGACCAAGCCGAAGCCAUUAGGUGGAUUAGGUGUUCUGGAUGUUGCUCUGCAACAAUCAGCCCUAUACUUUCGUUGGGUUCAACCGCUCCUCCAUCCCUCUAACUCGCCCCACAUCCUAGAUCUCAUACUGGUCAUGCUAGUGAAUAAGCAAAAUCAGAGUGCGCACGUGCAGGUUCCGUUGCUCUUUCCCCUCACACGAACCACUGGUCUCACUAAACAACGCACCAACACGGUAACAAUGAUCUACAAAUCAGUUGACCGCCUCAAACGCAUCCACAAACCAGUCCACCUCAACAUUGCUACCGCCUUAAUCCUACCUGUCAAAGCCAUUCUGCAGCCGUCUGUCACUGUCUCCAAAAUGCCAAUUAGGGCCACUCAGUUGCAAGUAAAGGAUCUCUAUCAACCCAAUCCUGACCAACCUCUGCAACUCGAAGCACGAAAAGCAUCAACCAUUCCAACUGACAUUCGACGCGCUUGCAAGAAAAUCCUGAAGCAAAUGAACGAGAACAAAGUACAUAUCCAACCGUACUUUAACCUCAUGCUACAACCCCCUCAGGAUGGCACCAAUCGCACAACCGACAUCUCCUUUAAACCGUUCAUUGACUCCUAUGACUUCAACAGCCAGCAAGGCCUCACUCGACAGAUUUCAACCAGAACAUUCCGCACAGCAUGCAUCGAGGCUCGCACCUCCAGCAUCGCCAGGUCCAACUGGAAUUUCUUCUGGUCUCUGUCCCUGAACCUUGUCCACCGUAAUGUCAUCUAUCGCUUCCUCACCCACACCAUCCCGACCAAACGCCUGCUACACUACUUUGAGAUAGCUGAGUCACCUUUCUGCCCGAUCUGUGGUAACUUAGAAAAUGCUGUACACUUGCUUUUCCUCUGUUCCAGUAAGGUAUCCAUCUGGAAAGCUAUCAUCUUUGAAUUCCUGUGGCCAACCGUUUCGAUUGGUGAUAUUAUCCAAGCCUGUUCCUCUCUUGACUUUGAAAACAUCAAGUAUGUCUCCAAAUCGUACACCACUGCUCACAUGGUCGUACUGGUAACACUUGGCAACAAUAUGGCGAGCUCAAGUUCGUAUGAUCUUUCACUCGACUCCAUUUACAUGGAUCGAUGUGGUCCAGCAGAUCAAGAACGAGCUCUUUCAACUAUAUGCCCAAACUGA